CGUGAGGAGCAGAGAGCGUGAGGCAGGAGGAAGAGGAAGAGUGCGCGCGAGUUUGUGCGCGUGCGUGUGGUCGACAUCGCUGUCCACAGAGAGCAGGGAAGAACAGCAGUGGGGAAAAACUGUGGGACCCAGCCAUGGAGAGGGAGCAGAUGGAAAUGUCCGCAGCCAAACCCCAACAAAAUGGAAAUAUCGGGGAGACUGAAAAAGAUGACUCGAAGAAAGGGAAGAAGAAAAAGGAGAAGCCUCCUAAGAUGCCCAUGAUUAGCCCCAUCAAAGUGUUUAGGUUUGCAGACCGCUGGGAUGUCUUAAUGAUUAUAGCUGGGACGGUGAUGUCAAUGGCAAACGGCGUAGUGCUUCCACUCAUGUGCAUUGUCUUCGGCGACAUGACGGACAGCUUCGUAGCGCAGGCUUUCCCCAACUCCACAAACAGCACCUUAGAAGAGGAAAUGACUGGCCAUGCCAUAUACUUCUCCAUCAUGGGAGCUGGGGUGCUGGUUGCAGCCUACCUACAGGUGGCCCUCUGGACCCUGGCAGCCGGUCGGCAGGUCAAACGCAUCCGCAUCCUGUUUUUCCACCAAAUCAUGCGGCAAGAUAUUGGCUGGUUUGACGUCAAUGAGACGGGAGAGCUCAACACGCGUCUCACAGAUGACGUCUAUAAGAUCCAAGAAGGUAUCGGUGACAAGGUGGGGAUGCUGAUCCAGGGUUUCACCAGCUUUGUUGUGUCUUUUAUCAUCGGCUUGAGCAAAGGCUGGAAGCUCACUCUGGUCAUCCUGGCUGUGAGCCCCGUGCUUGGCGUUUCUGCUGCUCUUUUCAGUAUGGUGCUCACAACGUUCACCAGUAAAGAGCAGACUGCAUAUGCUCAAGCCGGUGCUGUAGCCGAGGAGGUGAUCUCUUCAAUCAGGACUGUGUUUGCCUUCAGUGGUCAAGAGAAGGAGAUUGAGAGAUAUCAUAAGAACCUAGAGGAUGCUAAGAGGAUGGGAAUAAAGAAGGCGAUCUCUGCUAACAUUUCCAUGGGUGUUACCUUCCUCUUUAUGUACCUGUCCUAUGCUCUGGCCUUCUGGUAUGGCAGUACACUCAUCCUGAGUGGAGAGUACACGAUUGGAAUCGUACUCACUGUCUUCUUUUCUGUGCUCAUUGGCGCUUUCUCACUGGGACAGACCUCUCCCAACAUCCAGACCUUUGCGAGUGCUCGGGGAGCUGCGUAUAAAGUGUACAACAUCAUUGAUCACGUGCCCAGUAUCGACAGCUAUUCAGAGGCUGGCUACAAACCUGAAUCCAUCAAAGGAGACAUCGAGUUCAAGAACGUCCACUUCAGCUACCCCUCCAGGGCCGAUAUCAAAGUGUUAAAUGGCCUGAACUUGACUGUGAAGAGGGGGCAGACCUUUGCCUUGGUGGGAAGCAGUGGCUGUGGUAAAAGUACCACAAUCCAGCUGCUGCAGCGGUUCUACGAUCCUCAGGAAGGAAACGUGUUUGUUGACGGUCACGAUCUUCGUUCUCUUAACGUCCGACACCUGAGGGAGAUGAUCGGGGUGGUGAGCCAGGAGCCCAUCCUCUUCGCCACCACCAUCACAGAGAACAUCCGAUAUGGCCGAACCGAUGUGACGCAGGAGGAGAUCGAACAAGCUGCCAAGGAAGCAAACGCUUAUGACUUCAUUAUGAAGCUACCCGAUAAGUUUGAGACUCUGGUGGGAGAUCGGGGGACUCAGAUGAGCGGAGGACAAAAGCAGAGGAUCGCCAUCGCCCGAGCUUUAGUCCGCAACCCCAAAAUCCUCCUGUUGGAUGAAGCCACAUCUGCGCUCGAUGCUGAGAGUGAGACCAUCGUGCAGGCGGCGCUUGAUAAGGUCCGGUUGGGUCGAACCACACUAAUCGUGGCUCACCGCCUUUCAACAAUCAGAAACGCUGAUGUUAUUGCCGGCUUCAAAGAUGGCAAGGUUGUAGAGGUGGGAACUCACAGCGAGCUGAUGGAAGGAAAGGGAGUCUACCAAACACUGGUCUCCAUGCAGACGUUUCAGAAAAAUGCGGAGGAGGAGCAUGAGCAGUCUGCAGAUGAGAGAAGCCCAGGAAUCAGGUCGUUGUCUGAGUCUUCUCUCUUCAAGAGGAAGAGCACAAAAGGCGCAUCCUUUAAAACUUCAGGAGACAAAGAGGAAAAGGAAAAGUUGACUGGUGAUAACUUGGAGGAUGAAGACGUUCCCCCUGUGUCGUUCCUCAAAGUGAUGGCUCUGAACACUUCAGAGCUGCCAUACAUUCUGUUGGGGACCCUUUGUGCCAUCAUCAAUGGUGCAAUGCAGCCUGCGUUUGCUGUCGUCUUCUCAAAGAUCAUCAAUGUGUUUAUAGAACCGGACCAAGACAUUGUCAGACAAAGAUCAGUUUUCUUUUCCCUCAUGUUUGCUGCUAUUGGAGCGGUUUCCUUUGUCACCAUGUUUCUACAGGGUUUCUGUUUUGGUAAAUCUGGAGAGGUCCUCACCUUGAAGCUGAGACUGAGGGCCUUUAAGUCCAUGAUGAGGCAGGAUCUGGGCUGGUUUGACCAACCCAAAAACAGUGUUGGUGCGCUCACUACGAGACUGGCCACAGAUGCAGCCCAAGUGCAGGGGGCCGCAGGCGUGCGUAUGGCCACGCUCGCCCAGAACCUCGCCAACAUGGGCACCGGUUUGAUCUUGGGUUUUGUGUACGGCUGGGAGCUGACUCUGCUGCUCCUGUCUCUGGUGCCCAUCAUUGGAGUGGCUGGAGCCAUUCAGAUGAAGAUGCUCGCCGGACACGCUGCUGAAGACAAGAAGGAGCUGGAGAAGGCUGGAAAGAUUGCCACAGAGGCCAUCGAGAACAUCCGCACCGUGGUCUGCCUCACAAGAGAGGAAAAGUUUGAAGCUUUGUAUCAGGAGAACCUCGACGUGCCCUACAAAAACUCAAAGAAAAUGGCACACAUCUACGGCCUCACCUUCUCCUUUUCCCAGGCGAUGAUCUAUUUCGCUUAUGCGGGCUGUUUCCGUUUUGGUGCUUGGCUCGUUAUAGCGGGAAGGAUGAGUGUCGAAGGUGUCUUCCUUGUGAUUUCAGCCGUUCUGUUUGGUGCCAUGGCCGUCGGUCAAGUCAACUCCUUCGCUCCAAACUACGCCAAGGCCAAACUGUCUGCUGCCCACAUCAUGAUGCUGUUAAACAAGAAGCCUGCCAUUGAUAAUCUGUCAAAGGACGGACACUGUCCGGACCAAUUUGAUGGUAAUGUGACCUUUGAGAGGGUCAAGUUUAAUUAUCCUUCACGUCCUGAUGUACCCAUCCUGCAAGGGCUGAAUCUGAGUGUGAAGAAGGGAGAGACUCUGGCCUUGGUGGGAAGCAGCGGCUGUGGGAAGAGCACCACCAUCCAGCUGCUGGAGAGGUUCUAUGACCCACUGGAUGGGAAAGUGGUGUUGGACAAAUCUGAUGCCAAAAACUUGAACAUUCACUGGUUGAGGUCCCAGAUAGGCAUCGUCUCCCAGGAGCCCGUGCUGUUCGACUGCUCUUUGGCUGAAAACAUUGCCUAUGGAGACAACAGCCGCAAAGUCAGCAUGGACGAGAUAGAGGCAGCGGCCAAAGCAGCCAACAUUCACAACUUCAUAGAGGGUUUGCCACUGAAAUAUGACACGCAGGCAGGUGAUAAGGGGACACAGCUGUCUGGUGGUCAGAAGCAGCGAAUAGCCAUAGCCCGAGCCAUCCUCCGCAACCCCAAACUGCUGCUGCUGGAUGAGGCCACUUCUGCACUGGACACUGAGAGCGAGAAGGUGGUGCAGGAGGCUCUGGACCAGGCCAGCAAGGGCAGGACGUGCAUCGUCGUGGCCCACCGUCUGUCCACCAUCCAGAACGCAGACCGCAUUGCUGUAUUCCAGGGAGGAGUCGUGGUGGAGCAGGGGACGCAUCAGCAGCUGCUGGCAAAGAAGGGGGUCUACCACAUGCUUGUCAACAGACAGAUGGGACACGGUGACAAAUAACCCGUAGUGUCCAUAAUCUUGAGAAUUCUGGAUUAAACACUGGUGCCUUAGAUCAUCACUCCUCCCAUGCAGAUUCAGACUGUGGCUUAAACCUAAAUGUAUAAAGUCUGAAUUGGCCGUCACUUUUGCAUGUCUUUCCCACAAGAGAUUUUUGACAUGUUUGGGGUGCAGGUGUAAAUAGGGAUGGGUAUCGUUUAGGUUUUAUCUGAUACCAGUGCCAAACCGGUACUUUUGAAACUGUGCCGGUGCUUAAACGGUGCUCAAACUGGUGCUUAAAGAAUGGAGAACGCAAACUUUGUCCAAAAACCUCUCAUGUUUAGCUGUUUUGUUUUGUUUGUUUUUUUUUGUAAAAAGAUAACAGUGUUAGCCUUUUCUGCAGUUAUAGAGCAUAUAUGGUACCACUAUUGGCUGGAAGCAGUGUUUAAACAAUGGAAAAAAACACAAACUUUGUCUAAAAACCUCUCAUAUUUAGCUGUUUUCCACUUUUUCUUGGUCAUUUUAGCCUUUUUGGCCAGGGUGAAGGGAGUAUCUGCCAUCAAACAAGAAGACAGCCGCAUGUAAAUAUGAUGGUGUUUGCUAGUUCACAUUACAUGCAUUAAUUUAAUAAUGUGGUUAGCCUACUCAACGUAAAUUACACAUGAACAACAUUAAGCUACUCACCCAGAGAAGAACGGCUGCUGCUGCCAUCAUCAUCUGAAAAGAAGAAAGAAAACAAAAAAAAAACGCUAUGCGUCGCCAGGUGUUUCAUCAGAUUCGAGGUGUUACCUCCUUUGCACAGUAUCACCUUAAAGUACUUGUUGCAGGCUGCUGAGUUUGCAUCUUUUGCUGUGAAGUACAGCAAGACUUUUGAACGCUUCGCCUUGGGCAUUUUUAGUCUGUAGCUCUGCUCUAAAAGAACUUGCGUACCUGGGCCCGCCUACUAUCCUUGGAAAGGUAAAAUGAUUGGCUAGAAUCCAAAGUGUAUGACAUCUCAGGGGGAAAAAAGCACCGAAAUGAGUGCUGCUUUUCGGUCUAGUUACUACUGUUUUAGGAUACCGGUACCCAUCCCUAGGUGUAAAUGGUAAAACUGAUUUGUUUUUUGUGCGUACUCACUGUUUGUGGAUACAAGUUGAUUAAUGUGUGCUUUUCCUGCUAAGCUAAGUGGCAGAUUUGGCUUUUAAAGAGCCUUUUUUGUGCAAGUAGGAAAAGUGACCUUUGAGGUAGAUAUUUUUACUUGUAGGGAGAACACUGGAAUUAAAAAUGGCUGCAUUCUUUUUAAACGGGCUAAACAAGUAAAUGCAAUGACCAGUCCUCUUUGAUCGUUUGUCUAUGCACUGUGGUUUUAUUCCUCUGAUGAUGGGAUCAUCACUGUCUGGAAUAGUUUUGGGUGAAAUCUUUAAUAUUUAUACUGUAAGUUAUGACUCAGUUCAGCGUCUUGGAUUGAGUUGGAGGACCAAAAUGCCUGAGCAGUUAAAGCCUGGGAAAUGCUGCACAAAUGUUAAUUUUCAUUUGCAAAGUUUCUGUGGAAUUCACUUAAAAUGUAAUUUUGUUUCUAUUUUUUAGAGGAUGUGCUGCUUUGUAACUGUUAAUGUUUUAUAUUCAAAUAAAGGUU